ACAGAUGGUGUGGGAGCGCGUUCCCCGGUAGGAGGGGGCGCGAGCGAGCAAGCAGGCAGGCAGCUGCCAGGAGCUCUUCCCUGCUCGCUCACGCCUGCUCUCAGAAGCUCCGAUCCAGACACACGCGAGGCGCUGUCCUUUCAGCACCACAAGCUCGGGCUGAGGAGGGAGGACUCCUGGCCGCCCUCCUCCUCUUCAAAUUGGCUUGAAUCUGCUCUGACCCCCCACGAGUGCAGCACAGUCUGGGAAGAAAGGCGUAAGGAUGGUGAAGCUGAACAGUAACCCCAGCGAGAAGGGAACCAAGCCGCCUUCAGUUGAGGAUGGCUUCCAGACCGUCCCUCUCAUCACUCCUUUGGAGGUUAAUCACUUACAGCUGCCUGCUCCAGAAAAGGUGAUUGUGAAGACAAGAACGGAGUAUCAGCCGGAACAGAAGAACAAAGGGAAGUUCCGGGUGCCGAAAAUCGCUGAAUUUACGGUCACCAUCCUUGUCAGCCUGGCCCUAGCUUUCCUUGCGUGCAUCGUGUUCCUGGUGGUUUACAAAGCCUUCACCUAUGACCACAGCUGCCCAGAGGGAUUCGUCUAUAAGCACAAACGCUGUAUCCCAGCCUCCCUGGAUGCUUACUACUCCUCCCAGGACCCCAAUUCCAGAAGCCGCUUCUACACAGUCAUCAGCCACUACAGCGUGGCCAAGCAGAGCACCGCCCGGGCCAUCGGGCCGUGGCUGUCGGCAGCCGCUGUCAUCCACGAGCCCAAGCCGCCCAAGACCCAGGGCCACUAGAGGCCUGCCCCAGCCAGAAUGGGGGGCGGGGUGGAGAGGAGGACCCCCAUUGGCUAAGCCAAGCUCCAGUUACAAGACAACACUGUACUCCUGGGAUAUGGGGGCGGGGGCGGGGCAGGGCAGGGUGGGGGGAGGAACGCACCACAAACAUGGUGUGUGCUGGAGUUGUCUGAACCGAGAUUUCUUUUUGUUCCUUGGUAUUGUUGAUUCGUCCCCGAGUCAGGCUCAUGUACAAAGGCAUGUUUCGUGUUGAUUGUUCCCAUGUAAGAUAUUUUUAAAGCCACUGCUUAUUCUUUGUUAGGAAAAUGUAAUAGCAGAAAAGGAAAGAAACAAAGAACAUGAACAAAAAGCAUUAAACUGGCUCCAUUGGAAGACGUUGAAGGGCGGUGAAGAGCACAGACUCUGUGGGCUUCUUAGAUAAGCAAACGUAGCUUCAGUGGGGGCUCCAGGGGUGCAGAAUAUGUGAGUGACACAGACCGGGACUAUUCCGUUAGCCUGUGGUCUGCAGGGUAGGUACGCAGGAAAUGAGGAAUGGCCGAGCUGGAGAGAAGAACUGAUUUUGGCAUUACUAAGCCCAGAAUGCAUAUAACCCAUAGUGAAAUGUACUGGCCUCUGGUGUAUUUUGCAAGACGAGCACAAACUUUCUGGGCCUCCGUACUAAGACCUGGGUAGACCCACAUGGCCUGGGCUCUGAAUGCCCACCCUGCGACGGUGGGUUCUGCAUCAGCAAACGCUGAGGAGUGGGCAGAUUUUCUUUGUCUUUUGCUUGCAUUUUCUAGAUCCACACCUGGAUACUGCCCAUGUUGACGAGACAGCAGCAGGUGGAGAGGGAGGGAAGGAAAGUGUGGCUGCAAGAAGGAAGGCACGGGACAGGCAUGUGACACUAGGCCACAAUUGAUAAGCACAGGCACCUGACUUUUAAGUUUUUGUUUGUUUGUUGUUUCCCAAAGUGCUGAUAACAAUAACAACAACAAUAGGAUUCCAACCAGGCGCCUCAAGUGACAGCCAGGAAGAGAUCUGAAGAUUGGGGCCACCACAAUGCCAAAUCAUUUCUAAAGGAAGCUGAAAAAUGGGACUGUCUUUUGCCCACUUCGUUGUGUUAAAAGGGGACAUUUGUCCAAACUCCCCAACCGAGUUCUAGAAGCUCCUGACAAGGAGGCAGCAUCCAGCCUUGACCAGGCCUCCCAGUUCCCUGAACUGUAUCAGGCAUUCCCCUGCCUCUCACAAACGUUUCAGGGAGGCCAGUUCUGCAGGGUGUCAGCUCCAGGACCCACAGGGCCAGAACCAGUUGGGAGAAUUGGUCAUUUGAGAUGUGGUACUGCUUCCUCACAAGUCUCCGACAGGCCAUGUAAAGGGUAUUUUUUUGUGGCUUGCUGUGUUGCUGAAAUCAUCAUAUGCAACAGCUGGGUAAUAAGACUAGCAUAGCUCAAACUAUCCUGCCAAACGCUCUCAUUUGAUUUUUCCUCCCUUCUCUCCCAACCUCCAAUCACCCUGAGUCACCUGUAAAUUCAUUUGUCAUUCAAAGCGGAAUAACAAAUUGUCCCUAGCAAAACCGCUGAGCGCUUUAUAAUUUUGUGGUGUAUUUUUGUCAGUAGGUAGCAGAGGCUGAAGUAUUUUUUGGUGUAAUUCUUGAAAUUUUCUGACAGGAAACAAAUAAAGAUAGAUGUGUCUGAGAGUCUUGA